AUGUCGGCCCAGACUCUCGAGCAGCGACGGCGGAACGCCAAGUUCACCAAGGAGCAGGAUGCGCGCCGGGGCAAGUCGGAGAACGACAUCAAGAAGCGCCACAAGGAGCAGACCAAGUCGCCCAUCUCCCUCUUCUGGCUGGGCAUCCUCGCUUUCAUCGUCUUCGGCGGUCUCGUGUUCGAAAUCAUCUCGCGCGUCUUCUUCCGGUAA